GGACCUCGGUAGAGAGUUGUGGGGCAGGGCAGCUGAAGGCGAGGUGGCCGUCUGCUGCGGGUUUGUCCUCGCACCCUGCUCAAAAACACGGCGCCAUUGAAACGGACGCUCAGAUUAGCCGUUUGCUGACUGGUAGGAGAGUUCUCUCUGCAGAUGUCCCCUGGAAGAAAAACGGCAUAUAAUCUUUUCAUAUGAUAGAACGAGAUGUGGUGAGGGGUUUUAGGAAUUAACCUUUGACUCUCGUGCUUUCCUAGUCUGGCCUUCAGGGAGAGAGAGACAGAUGUCGUUGAAACCAUUCACUUAUCCAUUGCCUGAAACAAGAUUUCUUCAUGCUGGCAGACACGUGUACAAAUUUAAAAUCCGUUCUCCCAGUCUCAGUCUCACUGAAGGUGCUGCCAAGGAAUCAGAGGUAGGAGCUGAAGCAGGUCCAUAGGACCUCUGAAGGGUGCUGGCUGAACUAAUCAUACGCUUGUUUACGGGAUUGAGAACAUUUUGUCAAAUGCAGUAUUUCAAGUGUAAGUAGUGGGGAACUUCCCUGGAGAGUCUGGGAAAAAAAAUGCGUAAAUGAAAAAUGUUCCUCAAGAGGCAAAAUUUAGUGCGGAAGAGUAAUGCUUUUGUUUGAAAUAUUCGAAAGAAGGUACUGACUGUUAAAAUUGGACAAAUGGAAACUCCUGUUUGUUGAGCUAGUUGCCCCCAGUUUCUGUUUGAUUCCUCUUCAGAGUCAUUCUUGCAGGAGCUCUUUCCCAGGAUUUCAGUCUCAACCUCAAAACUGACCACAACUUUCAAGUUGUCAGGCUUGACUAGCUGUUAAUCCCUCUGGCUUUUUCAGGAGCUGUGGCAGUACUGGUGAGCUGGCUUGAUGGAGGCUAAUCUAAUGCUAAAUUGCACGUGCUUUCCUUGCAACUGUGGAACCAGUGGGUGUUCUUUUAAUGGUGCCAUUGCUUUGGGUCCAAGCACAAAUUGAUGGUCACAGUUGAUGAGUUGUGUUGUCAUCUUCCUGAGACAGAAGAGGGCCCCUGCCGUUACUAAGAAAUUGAGACAAAUAUACUACCUGCUUAAAAAUGCUCCUUCCUAUUACUUAAUUUCUAAAAAUCUUCAGAGUACAGUAAUAGCAUUAAAAACCUUACUGAAGAAAAUGUCCUGAUUUUAAUUGAGAUGAAAAAUUUCUUUUUUUCCUUUUUUUUUUUCUUGUUUUUUCCCCCCACUUUUGAAACUAUUGAAAGGUAUUACUGGAAAAAAGUUUUGUGUUUGUAGAGGAGGAGUUUGUUGGGGCUUAACUGCAGUUCCCUUGUAACUGAUUUGGGUCACUGUUCAGGGAAGAGGAGCAGUUAAAUGCUAUGUGUGUUUUCCUGGAAAAAUAAAAUGACACUCCUUAAAUUUAAAACUUCAGAAAUUUAAAACUGCGUCUCCAUUUUCCAUAGUACUUCUUCUCUGUUAAUUCAAGAUUAAGAUACUCAUUCCCCUAAAUUUCUAUGAGUCUGUCAGUGCAGUGCACUCUAAAAUGGCAGGAGGGAGUGGGGAGAAGAAGGGAAGGAGGAAAAGCAGAAUAUGUAGAACCUGGUCUUCUCUGAUUCAUGCAAACUGUAAUGUUAAAUUUUCCCUAAGCCUUGAAAGUGCACUUGAUGGUGGAAUUGUGACUACGUUUUUAAUAUUUUUCCUUUGUUUAUUUUUUUGGUCUCUCCAGGAAGUGAUUCGAGUAAUCCUUGGAAAUCUUGAUGAUUUACAUCCAUUUUCUACAGACCACUUCACUGUCUUUCCAUAUUUGAGUAAAUGGGAGCGAGUAUCAAAGAUGAAAUUCAAACAUGAGAAUGUCCAUCUUGUGCCUUAUCCCUACAUGUGUACGUUGUAUCUAGAAUUGAACUCGUUUCAGCAAAACGUAUCUUGUGGUAAAGAAGUAAAGAAGGGCAGCGAUGAGCGUAAUUCCUCCAAAGCAAACGAGCUUGAGUUUUGUGCAGCAUCCCUUACUAAAGACUGUGACCAACUGAGUUUUUGGGAACCUGUGGAAUUUGCCCUUGAACAAAAAAGAGCAGUCAGUCAGGCUGAGGGUGCAGUGCAGCUGCUGCAGCAAAUGGACCAAACAGGAAAGAAAGGAGACAUGAAGUCAGGAGGAGGAGGUCUUUCACAGUUCUGGAGAAGCAUCAUCUUUUCACCACUACAACAUCUUUUUGGUGGAAAAAAAUGACCUGGAAGUACUAAUUGUUGUGGAAAGGUAGAUUUGUAGUAUGAAUAUUGGGUUGCACCGUUUCUUCUGGAAUUCAGCUUUUCGCAUUGCUUGUCUCAGCUGUUAAAUGCUUUAAAUUAAAUCCUACUUGGCUAGCAUUUUCAAAGUAAUAUUCUGAAGAUGUUGGGGUAGAACAACAUGUUGGGAUUUUCUUCACAUCUUAGAAGUUUUGGAAUAGAA